AUGGCUGGCUUAGGAAAUGAUGUGUUCGGUGGCGACAAACAAGGUGCUGGUGGCGCCCCGCCACCGCCACCGCCGCCACCACCACCACCGCCACCGCCGCCGCCACCACCACCAGCUAAUCAACCAAAAGCACCAGCUCAAGGCGGUGUGGCCGGUACUUUCGAUCCAAAUUACCAAACGAUGGCCGGACUUGGAAACGAUGUGUUCGGUGACAAAGGUGGUGGUAUUGCUGUAGGUGGUGGGGCACCGCCACCGCCGGCACCGGCACCACCACCACCACAACCAGCCGCUCCCAAACCGCCUGAAAAAGGCGGAAUUGCUGGUAAAUGUCAUUUAUUUUAG